AUCAAACUCUGCCUUUCUUCACUUGACGUUGGGUGGGAUUUUACACAGUAGCACAGAAAUCUAGCUCCAAAGGUUUGUGAAAAUGCCCUGGACACCUGUUCUUCCAGCUGCGUUUUUGCUCUUCCUGCUUUUCCAGGGUACCCCAGCCCAGAAAGAUGUUACACAGGAGCCAGCUAUUCUCAUGGUUAAUGAAGGAGAGUCAGUCAACAUAACCUGCUCCGUUACUACCAAGGGGAUGCUAGUAGGGAUGUAUUUGAAAAAAGAAGUUGUAAAUGCCAUGGAAGUGCUAUACAUCACAAAUAAUGGUCAUAACCGUACCAUAGACUUUCGCUACAAAGACCGCAUCGAGAUCUCCGUUCUCCAGACAGAUGUGAGGAUAACGCUGCACCAGUUGCAGAAAAAUGACACUGGUUUAUAUGUCUGUAGAGGGAGUGUUCUAGAAAAUUACGAGCCCAAUUGUGUGUCAAGCCAAGGCACCAUAUUGAUGGUGAAAGAAAUGGAGCAGGCAGAGUGCCACGUGGCUUCCUGGAUGCCCUAUGUUCUGUCCUUCAUGGCUUUGAUCUUGGUUUCUGCGCUGGGAUACCUCAUUCUGUCUCACAUAGAUAUCAAGAAACACUGCCAAGAAGGAAAGGAAAAGCAAGCAAAUAUAGUGUACGAAGACAUGUCCUACACCCUUAGGCUCAACAACUUGGCCACAGUCAACCCUUAUAACAAUUGUUAGCAAGCUCUUGCUAGCUGAGGCGGUGUGGACAUCAGCAGCUCCUUCUCCACGUGCUUGAGCUAGAAAGGCUGACAUCUGACAAUCAUUCCCUUUAGAGAAAAGAAAAAAAUAUCUGCCUUGUGUCCUGUGCAAUAUUUCUGCUUAUUUCACUCAAUUGUGAAGACCACUUUGCAGGGAGGGAAGGGGGGCAGGGAGGUUACUUUCAGAAAAUGUAGAGAAAUGAGUGCAUCCCUGAACGUGUGAGUGUGUGUGCUGGGGAAGGCGGUGUUAGAUACUGUGGUGUAUAGUCGACUUGAUGCAACACCUGCCCUUGUUCCUCCCGUUAGUGAUGAUCACACCUCCCAAUGAAGCAUGUGAGAGAAGUUGUAUUGGGAGCACGGAGAGGCACUCAGGCCCAGAUCCACAAAGGGACUUAGGCACCUCAACCCACACAGGCACCUCUAAGUCCCGGUUUAGGUGCUACUGAGAUCCACAAAACCUAAACAAGCUCAGCGCCUUAUUUUGCAGUAAAAAUUCCCUGGGCAUCUAAGUUCCUCUGGGCAAGGGCGCACCUGUCUCCCUCUUGGUGUCUGGCCACCUAAGCCCCAGAGCAAUCCAAGAACCAAGGGAAGAGGUACUCCUCCACCUAUCUUGCCUAUGGGGCCUGAUCCAAUAGGCACGCUCAGACCUUACCUAUGGAUUGGGGCCCAUUGAAAAUCUAGUUGGAGGAAAGUGGUGGUGCUGCUGUUGGUGCCUAUUUUAUAAUGUUCAGUCACUGACUAUCCCACAGGAAUGAAGUUGGACCUACAGUGUAUAUGACUGGUCUUGCUUUAGGGUAAUAGCCAGAUGGCUGGGAUUCUUGCAUUAAAUUCAGGAAAUGGUGAGGUUAUCAGGCCCAUGCCAUCAUGUCUUUGUGCGGAGACAGAAGCUGCUGUCCCUCUUUCUGGCUCUUUGUUUGUUUAAUGUAGGUUAUUACACAACACAGCUCAGUAAACCCACCUCAGUGAUGCUGCACUGUACAAUGACUUUCAAAAUACCCUGGAGGGUCAGCUAACCUGGGCCACAAUCAGUAGCUAGACAUCUGACCAGGGAGUGGAUGAGCCUGGGCCAAAAUCACUCUGAAAUAUUUACCUUUCUCUUGGUAACAUGAGUUUGAAAACUCAGUGUGGUGAGUAAAAAACUACAUUAGCUCUGUAAUGGCUUAUAUAUAUCUGUUCAUUGGUUAGCAGGGAAGGAUUUAAUCCUCUUUCUCUCUGGCUAGAGGGUAGACCACAGCUGUCUGCCCUGAGUGCAGGGAGAUCCAGAGUUAGCCCAGCUGUGGUGAAUUAAUUAAUUACCCCCAGCCCCAGCACAGUAUAAAACAGGGGAAGUGGGCCUGAUAUUUGUUAUUGGAUUCAGGGUGUUUAGGAAGGAAGUUAGUGAAGGAAAAGGUUCUUUAAAGUUAAAAUUUUGCAUUUUAUUUGACUGAGGGACACUGUCUUGUAUUUGAUUUGCAAAGGGGACAAGAUAUUCUUUAUCUUGGGGGUAUACUUUGCCUUUGCCUACUUUGCAUUAUAAAGUUGUUCAAAGUGCACCAGUCCCCUUUCUCAGUUGGUACUGUGGGUGCUUAGCGCUUCUGAGAACUGGACGUGAGGUGUCCCAACUUGAGCAGCCCCAAUCAGGCUGCUUCUGCAAACCUUGGCUUGAGUAUCUCUGUUGUAACCACAGAACGAUGCACAAUAGUGUGUGUGUGUGUGUGUAAAUCUCCUAGCUAUUGAAGACAGAAGGUCCUUUUUCCCCCCCUUGUUGACAGGAAAUAUUGUGGUGAGUAAUCUAGAAGGUGCUAAGCAAAGAGAUUGUGAGAUGUUAAGGAGGGGAGAGGGUACUGAGAGGGCUUUUGGUUCUGUAACACUCUGUAACUACAACAGAGUGGCUGAUUGAAUUAGUGUCUCAUCAAAGAUAUUCCUGUUUUGUCACUUUUGCAUGAGUAGCUUAUUGAAUAUCCAGUAUAUUAUUGCAUGGCUGUAGUCAGCAUGCUGUACUCACAUAUCUGCAAUAUUCAUUUGUAUGUGGGUUAUGUUUCUGUCAGCUCAGAUCCUGUAAUCCUUGCCCAGGCAGAGCUCCUGUUGCAUUCACUGGAAGUUUUCCCUGAGUAAGGACUACAGAACUGGGUCCAUAAUGUUUUACUGUGUAAUUGUUGGAAAAAUCCAAAUCCAUAGGUCAAACUUUACAUGUGUAUGAAAUGCUAAAUGCACAUUUAUGAAGAGGGCUUUGCACAUUUCUUUUUGUAUCCACAUUUUUUUUUUCAUUUUUUGUCUUUUCAUGUUCUUUACAAAUAAACAUUAUAGAUACUGAA